CUGACACGCAGUUGGUGAUAUGCAAAAGCACUGACGCAGUUGUUGUGGUCGUCGUCAGGGGGCGUCAUCAUACCGGUGUGAUCGCUGGCUUGAUUCUCGACCAGUCAGUACUAGUUGCUGACCAUCACAUUCUCUCUGCUCUUUCGUUUCGGUUCAUUCUUUCUGGCUCUGUGUACUUCGUCUUCGCGUCUGUCUCCCUUUCUACCAUGGCUUUCUCAACUGUAGGAAAAGUCAAAGCCACUGCCCACGUCCUCAUACUCGUUCUGAAUCUGGUCGUUCUGGUGCUUUCCACCCGAGUAAACCUGUUCCAAGACUUCUUCUUUGUCGCCGACAAGUUCCCGUUCAUUCUUUCCAUUGUCACCGCGAUUGUCCUAGGGUCGAUGACCCUGCUCGACUUGGUCUCCAGCACGGCCUUCACGGGCCGACCGCAGUUUGAGGUCGGCGUUUUCGCCGUGUUGGGCAUUUUCUGGCUCGAACUCCAGCGUUCAAUGCGUUUUCAACGUCGCGCUGGAGGAUGGUGCCGACAGAUUGCAGCGUUAUCCCCAGUGCUUUCCCGGAUGACAUCCAAUGGUGCCACGAACUCGGUGCAUUGCGGGCAUUCGUUUGGCUUGAAUGGGUGAUCAUGACCAUCACUUGUCUCGCGACUUUGAGAUACUCCGUCACUCAAAAUACGCGGGGCCACAAACACAUCUUUAAGAUGCCGUUCUCACGUUACUCGCCGACGAUCGUCAUGCACCCGUCGUUCAACUACUACGCGCAGGAUUCGCGGUAUCAGUUCAAAGCUUGAGCAGGGCUCAAGAUCGCGAUGGGAUUGGGUUGCGGUCAACUCCGCUGGUGCAACAAGUUGCAAGUGUCCUGGAGGCACUUGGUGUCACGCGCGCGCUGAAUCUUCGGGUUUUCAUGUUGUUUUCUAUAUGUUUGUAUCAUACCCUUCCGGAACCUUUUCCUCGUCGGAAAGCUGUAUCAAAGAACGAAUUUGGCGUCUGGAAAGGUGGUCAUCUGCGUAAACAGAAGCCUGGAAGGUCUGCGUCGGCGCAACCGAGCACGAUCUCGUGCCAGAUCUCGUGAUCGGAGGCGAAGAUCAAGUCGCUUCUUCGAGGUUGCUCCAAACCGUUCUUGCUGCGCCAAAGUUCGCCAGCCUCUGCUUUGACUCCUCUAAACGGGAAUUUAUGCACGGGGUGGACCCCUCCAUCCCAAGUAUGUAUGAGAAAGGCCGACACCGACAUUCAUCACCUGUAGGCACCCCGUCGGAUAUACACGCAGAGCCACUGCUUCGCCGCGGUUCAUUCCAAGGACACUGUCAGAUAGAUGCCCCUUCUUUCACUCGUGGAUACCCCCAUGACCCAGUGGAUCACCCAUGGAUGGGUAUAUAACUGGGUCCGGGACUGGUGCCAUGUGCCGACAUCGCGCACUUGGUUAGAACUUCCGAUGCGGCUCCGCAACAUCGCACUGAACACCGUGCUUGGGACCGCCGCUGUCGUCGGCACGCUUGGUGUCCCUGCAAACUUCCCACGCAGCGGAAAUGGCCUCUGGUUCUCGAAUGUGGGGAAAGUGUGGUCCUUGGAUUAUCUGCCAGUGGGGAACGGAUAUCUGGCUGCGAUGACGCCGGGUGGGACGGUACAGGAAAGCAUGCAACUGAACAUCGAGAGUCUUUGGUCCGGCGGCCCUUUCCAAGAUCCAACAUACAAUGGAGGCAACAAACAAGCCGACCAACUCCAGGAGAUGGCAUCGGCUAUGCAACAGUAUCGCUCGGCGAUUUUCGCCAGUAAAACGGGGGACAUUGCCAAUAUAACAACCCUGACUACCGAUGCCGGAGCGUACGGGUCGUAUGUUGGUGCUGGUUAUCUGGUAUCGACGCUCGACCUGUCCGGGAACCAGACCAACGUUGUUCGAUGGCUCGACCUUGACCAGGGUUGCCCGGAACACGUGGACGCAAUCGGGCCCUGGCUUCACUCGGUGUGUUCAGACAUAGCAUCUACAGAGUGUAGACUCAACCGAUGCAGGGAGACCUUCUGUUCUCAUCCGACUGAGUCAUGCACACAUCAUAUCUCUUCAACUGGAAAGCAUCUGCCCCUCACAACCUUCGCGUUUUCUUCGGCGCUCGAAUCCGGUCUCCCCACACCCAACAUCACGUGUCUGGACUCGCAUACACUGAGAGUGCGGGGAACAGCUGGCGAGCCGGGUAUGCUGUAUGAGAUACUCGGACAAGUGAUGAGCUCCGGAGGGACUGUUGCCUGCUCGGCAAGCUCAUCCCCAGCGAACGCCACAAUUUCAGUGACCGGAGCGUCCGAAGCCUGGAUCACAUGGGUCGGAGGAACGGAAUAUGACCAAAACGCUGGAGACAAGGCCCACGGCUUCUCGUUCCAGGGACCUGAUCCGCACUCUGCGCUUGUGCAACUCAUCGGCAAGCUCCCGACGUCUUACACCUCGCUUCGGGCAGCGCACUUUGCAGACUUUGAUGGGGCGCUCAACAAGUUCUCGCUGUCGUUGGGCACCGUAGGCUCGGAGUGGAAGAGCAAGUCGACGGAUCAGAUCGUCGCGAGUUAUCAAGUCGACCAAGGGGACAUCUAUCUCGAGUGGCUGAUGUUCAACUUUGGAAGAUAUCUGCUUGGGAGCAGCGCCCGGGGUGUGCUUCCGGCUAACUUGCAGGGGAAAUGGGCGCUCAGUACGGGGAACCCAUGGAGUGCAGACUACCACUCAAACAUCAACAUACAAAUGAACUACUGGUCGGCAGAAAUGACGAACUUGGAUGUCUCUGGGCCGCUGUUCGAUUACUUCGAAAAAAACUGGGCUCCGCGGGGAGCCGAGACCGCUCAAGUGCUGUACAACAUCUCGAGAGGCUGGGUCACACAUAACGAAAUGAAUAUUUUUGGCCACACGGGAAUGAAGGCCGACUCCAGUGUCAAUGCGAUGUGGGCCAAUUAUCCUGAAUCUUCAGUCUGGAUGAUGCUACACGUCUUCGACCACUUCGAUUACACGAACGAUCUGGCAUGGUUGCGGACACAGGGAUACCCCCUGCUGAAAUCCGUCGCGUCUUUCCAGCUCGACAAAUUGAUUCCGGAUCUCCGAUUCAACGAUGGCACAUUGGUCGUUGCGCCGUGCAACUCGCCGGAACAGGCGCCUAUCACGCUGGGGUGUGCUCACGCGCAACAGAUCGUGUGGCAGCUGUUCAACGCCAUUGAGAAGAGUUGGCCAUAUGCCGGUGAUAGCGACACCGCUUUCCUGGCCGAGGUGCAGGCGAAACGAGCGCAGAUGGACAAAGGCCUGCAUGUCGGAUCUUGGGGCCAGCUGCAAGAGUGGAAAGUGGACCAGGACGCCCCGAACGAUACGCAUCGCCAUCUGUCGCAUCUGAUUGGCCUGUAUCCCGGUUAUGCCAUCAGCAACUACGACGGUCAGGGGCUGUACUCGAGAGAGCAGAUUCUGUCGGCUGCUGAAACGAGCCUGAUCCACCGGGGGAACGGCACUGGCCCCGAUGCGGAUGCCGGCUGGGCCAAGAUGUGGCGGGCGGCGGCAUGGGCUCAGCUGGGCGACCCCGCCAAGUUCUACCACCAACUGACGUAUGGGAUCUACGAGAACUUUGGGCCGAAUCUGUUCAGCCUGUACGACCCAGCUGAUGCGGAUCCCAUAUUUCAGAUCGAUGCGAACCUGGGCUUGCCGGGUGCGGUGCUGAACGCCAUCAUCCAGGCUCCAGACGUCCCCACUCGCGACACGCCCUUGAAAAUCACUCUUCUUCCUGCUCUCCCACAACAGUGGCACACAGGUUCAAUCAAAGGUGCUCGCAUCCGCGGUGGAUUGGGCCUCGAUUUCGAAUGGGAAGGAGGUCAGCCGAAACGGGUCAACAUCAGUCUCGAUGCGCAGAUUAUACCAAGACCAGUCCAAGUCUGGCACGCCAACAAGCUGGUCGCACAAUUCGAGACGAGCGGUGGAAUGCAUAUGACCAUUACACGGUUUACAUAGUUUGUUGCUGUUUAAAUAGUUUCUGUGUUAUGAUCACACGCUGUAUUCGACCACCAAAGACUGAGGGAACGGAACCACAUCAGACUUAGAGUCGAUGUACCAUUGCUGAGCUGCCCCGUGCACACUCUCCGUGAACCGAUUCAGCACUCCAGAUGUGCCAGGCGCCCGUUUCAGAUCUUUCAGCCUCAGAAUCUCGCUCACCACCCGCGGGACAGUCGACUCAAAGAACGGCGCAGACACGAGCCCGUGCUCCCCGAUGCCAAGCAACGGCUUUUCCAUGCCGGCACUGGCGUCUUUGAUGCUGGCAAACACCCGC